AAUAGAAAAAAAAAACCAAAAAACUAAAAUAAAAAUAAGCCAAAAAAAAAAAAAAAAGAAGGUCUGUCUCAUAUAUAUUUUCUCUUCCAUUUCACCGAUGCUCUGAGAUUCGUCUUACCUUUGAUUUUUGCUCCAACAAUUAAGGUUACAACCAGGAUUUUUUUAUUUUUCGUAUUGUCAAUUUUGAUACUUGAGAUAUAAAGCUUAAAAAUGGCAUCAGUGAUUCUUAAAGGUGGUAGUAGUUGUAGUGGCAAUCAAGUGUCUCCGUUGAUAUCAAUUCAAGAAAAAGGUAGUGGAAAUAAGAGAAAGUUUCGGGCUGAUCCGCCUAUAGGUGAUCCAAAUAAGAUUAUAACUUCACCUCAAAAUGGGUGUCCAAGUUAUGAAUUUUGCGCUGAGAAGGUUGAAUUCACCAGAGUCCAUGGUCAAGCUAGUGUUUGUGACUUGUGUGGUGUUAACCAAGAUCAUUCAGAUGGAUUAAAACUUGACCUGGGAUUAUCUAGCAUGAUAGGUUCUUCUGAGGUUGGUCCAAGCGGGCCUAGAGCAGAACUAGAAACAGAUGAAUCUCAAGAUGCUGACUGGAGUGAUCUCACGGAAGCUCAGCUAGAAGAACUUGUUUUGAGCAAUUUGGAUGCAAUGUUCAAAAGUGCAAUAAAGAAAAUUGUUGCUUCUGGUUACACGGAAGAAAUUGCUACUAAGGCAGUCUUGAGGUCUGGCCUUUAUUAUGGUUGUAAAGACACUGUCUCAAAUAUAGUGGAUAAUACUUUAGCAUUUCUUAGUAGUGGCCAAGAUGCUAAUCCUUCAAGGGACCACUGUUUUGAGGAUCUACAGGAGCUGGAGAAGUAUAUAUUAGCUGAACUGGUUUGUUUUCUUCGAGAAGUUAGGCCUUUCUUCAGCACUGGGGAUGCAAUGUGGUGCUUGUUGAUUUGUGACAUGAAUGUGUCACACGCUUGUGCUAUGGAUGGUGACCCAUUGGGUGGUUUUGUUGGCGAUGAAGCUUCUACUGAGAGUUCUUUUACUCCUAACCAACCCCAGUUGAAGACAGAAGCCAAAACUUCUGAAUUGAAUCUUCCAAAUCCUUGUAAACCUGUUCCUUCCAUUCCUUGUUCUCAUAGUUCUGUGCCAGAGGUUCCAUCUAUGGGAAUCAAUAACACAGUAAAAUCUAAGAAUUCCCUUGUUCUAAGUGGUAUAGUCUCAGAGAAAGAGGGAACGAACUCCAUUUCUGAUAGUGCAGAUAAAAUUUUCAGUGCGGCAGGAACAUCUCAAUCUUCAACCCUGGAAGACAAGUUUGUGGGUAGUAGAAAGAUUCACUCUACCAAAAGAGAAUAUAUUCUUCGGCAGAAGUCACUUCAUCUGGAGAAAAACUACAGGACAUAUGGAUCUAAAGGGUCAUCGAGAGCUAAACUAAGCGGUUUGGGAGGUUUAAUCUUGGACAAGAAACUAAAAUCUGUCUCUGACUCCACCACUGUUAAUGUAAAAAAUGCAUCCUUGAAAAUUAAGGCAAUGGGAGCUGAUGUUCCUCAAGAUAAUGGGAGUCACAAUCUUUCAGUCAAUCCGGAACCCUCUUCUUCUGAAACAUUUUGCUUAGAUAACGUUAAUAACAUUUCUGCAGUGCCUAAGACCAAUAUAGCAACCACUUCUCCAGUAAAUAUGCCACCCGAAUUACCACCUAUCAAUAACCCACCUGCAUUAUCAACGGCUGAUACUGAGCUUUCCCUCUCAUUGACGACCAAAAGCAAUUCGAUUGUAGUGCCUCCUGCUUCUCAUUCUGAGCCUGCUUAUUUGAGCUAUGCUGGGAUGCCAUAUGAUAAAUCCCUGGGGCAGUGGUUCCCACAGGAUAAGAAGGAUGAGAUGAUUCUGAAGCUGGUUCCUAGGGUGCGGGAACUACAAAAUCAGCUUCAGGAAUGGACAGAGUGGGCCAAUCAAAAGGUUAUGCAGGCUGCUCGUCGACUAAGUAAAGACAAAGCUGAACUUAAGACUUUGAGGCAAGAGAGAGAAGAAGUUGAACGGCUUAAGAAAGAGAAGCUGAGUUUGGAAGAAAACACUAAGAAGAAGCUCAUUGAGAUGGACGGUGCAUUGUUGAAGGCUAGUGGGCAGGUGGAACAUGCUAAUGCUACUGUCCGUAGGCUUGAGGUGGAAAAUGCAGCACUACGGCAGGAGAUGGAGGCUGCAAAAUUACGUGCAGCAGAGUCAGCAGCUAGCUGUCUGGAGGUAUCAAAGAGGGAGAAGAAAACACUGAUGAAAGUUCAGUCUUGGGAGAAGCAGAAAACCUUGCUCCAGGAAGAGCUCAUGUCUGAAAAACGCAAGGUUGCUCAACUGUUACAGGAAUUACAGCAGGCCAAAGUUCUCCAAGAACGGCUUGAGGCUAGAUGGCAACAGGAAGAGAAGGCAAAGGAAGAAGUUCUUACUCAGGCUAGUUCAAUAAGAAAGGAAAGAGAACAAAUUGAGGCCGCUGCAAAAGUAAAGGAAGAUAUGCUUAAUUCGAAAGCAGAAACCAGUUUGCAGAAAUACAAAGAGGAUAUUCAGAAACUUGAAAAAGAAAUCUCUCAAUUGAGACUGAAGACAGACUCAUCAAAAAUUGCUGCACUUCGAAGGGGCAUUGAUGGAAGUUAUGUGGGAAGAUUUACAGAUAGCAGAUAUGGCACGGCCCAAAAGGAGCCUCAGACCAUUUUUAUCUCAGAAGUGGUGACAGAUUUCCAAGACUUCCCAGGAAGAGGAGGUGUGAAACGUGAACGUGAAUGUGUAAUGUGCCUAUCAGAGGAGAUGUCUGUGGUUUUCAUGCCAUGUGCUCAUCAGGUAGUUUGCACUACAUGCAAUGAGCUCCAUGAGAAACAAGGUAUGAAGGACUGUCCUUCUUGUAGGAGUCCCAUUCAGAGGCGUAUUCCUGUACGUUAUGCUCGCUCUUAAUUCUAGUUUUGAAGUGAGUUGAGUGUUCUGAAUAAUGUUUGUGGCACUCCUUUGAUCUGAAUAAUGCAUUUGAGUUGCACCCUUUGAGAGUUGAGACAA